AUGCUAACAUGUGCCAUUAUGCUGUUCAAAUUGAUCAGUGAUGGUAUUGUUGUCGGGAUCAUAGCCCUCUUGGGUGCAUUAGUAGCUUCAGGGCAUCUGAAAUUUGACUCUCAUGCUGCUCCUGAUACAACAAGAAACCUUUUGGGCGUUGGACUGCAAGAUGGGGGUGGCACCAUGUUUGAUGACAAGGUUUCUCUUUUGCUUUUUGCCCUGCAGAAGGCUUUCCAAGCAGCUCCCAACAGGCUAAUAACUAACAACGUUUACACCACUUUGUUGGCUGCCUCGAUCAAUGCCUCUUCAAUGGAGGAUGGUUUGAACUUCUAUGAUUCUGGUCAUCGUUUUGAGCAUUCACAACUUCUGCUGGUGCUUUUGCGUUCUCUUCCCCAUGCACCCAGGCCUUUGCAGUGCAGAGCACUACAGGAUCUUCUAUUUUUGGCUUGCAGUCAUCAAGAAAAUAGAAGUAGUUUGACAAACAUGGAAGAAUGGCCUGAAUGGAUCUUGGAAUUGCUAAUUUCAAACAAUGAGAUGGCGCCAACCAAAUCUUCAAAUUCAACGAGUCAUGGAGAACUAGAGGACCUUAUACAUAACUUCCUUAUUAUCAUGUUAGAGCAUUCAAUGCGGCAAAAGGAUGGAUGGAAGGAUAUUGAAAUGACAAUUCAUUGUGCAGAAUGGCUUUGUAUUGUCGGCGGAUCUAGUAUAGGAGAACUUCGAAAAAGACGUGAGGAAUCAUUGCCUAUAUUUAAGAGGAGGCUCUUAGGUGGCUUGUUGGACUUUGCUGCUCGGGAAUUGCGGCUUCAGACUCAAAUUAUUGCUGCGGCUGCUGCCGGUGUGGCAGCUGAGGGGUUGUCCCCAGAAGAUGCUAAGGCAGAGGCUGAUAAUGCUGCUCAGCUUUCUGUUGCUUUAGUAGAGAAUGCUAUUGUGAUACUUAUGCUUGUUGAGGAUCACUUACGGUUACAAAGCAAACAAUUCUCUUCUGCACGUGUUGUAGAUACUUCUCCAUCACCCCUUUCUGGGUUGUAUCCGUACAAUAACAGCUCAGCCUCAUUGUCUACAAUUGGAGAAUCAACAGAAGCUGUGGAAAAUCGAAGAUCUGUACUUAGUGAUUCUGUAGGACUCCCUUUAGAGAUCCUUUCUUCAAUGGCUGAUGCGAAUGGUCAGAUCUCUUCUUCAUUGAUGGAAAGGCUUACUGCAGCUGCUGCGGCUGAACCAUAUGGAUCUGUUUCUUAUGCUUUUGUGUCAUAUGGGUCUUGUACUAAGGAUAUAGCUGAUGGCUGGAAAUAUAGGAGCCGUUUGUGGUAUGGUGUUGGCCUUCCAUCAAAGACAGUGCAAUUUGGCGGCGGUGGGAGUGGAUGGGAUUGUUGGAACUCUGCUCUAGAGAAAGAUGCUGAUGGCAACUGGCUUGAACUUCCUUUGGUAAGGAAAUCUGUGGCAAUGCUUCAAGCAUUAUUGUUGGAUGAGUCUGGGCUUGGUGGUGGUCUUGGUAUUGGUGGAGGGUCAGGUACUGGAAUGGGAGGGAUGGCUGCAUUGUACCAAUUGUUAGACAGUGACCAACCAUUCCUGUGCAUGCUUCGAAUGGUUCUUCUAUCGAUGAGGGAAGAUGAUGAUGGAGAGGAACAUAUGUUGAUGAGGAAUGCAACUGAGGAUGGGAUGCCUCAAGGAAGGAAACCCCGCUCUGCACUACUGUGGAGUGUUCUUUCACCUGUUCUCAACAUGCCAAUUUCUGACUCUAAGAGACAGAGAGUUUUGGUAGCCUGUUCGGUGCUUUAUUCUGAGGUAUAUCAUGCUGUGGGCAAAGACCAAAAGCCUCUUCGUAAGAAAUACCUUGAGGCUAUUGUACCCCCAUUUGUUGCUGUCUUAAGGAGGUGGCGGCCUGUUUUGGCUGGAAUUCAUGAACUUGCUACUGCUGAUGGUUUAAAUCCUCUAACUGUUGAUGAUCGUGCAUUGGCUGCUGAUGCCUUGCCCAUUGAGGCUGCUCUUGCUAUGAUAUCUCCGCCUUGGGCUGCUGCAUUUGCGUCUCCACCUGCUGCAAUGGCAUUGGCAAUGAUUGCAGCUGGGGCUUCAGGAGGUGAAGCCCCAGCCCCUGCAACAACUGCCCAUCUUAGGCGUGAUACCUCACUGCUGGAGCGCAAACAGGUUAGGCUCCACACAUUUUCAAGUUUUCAAAAGCCUCUAGAACUCGCCGGGAAAGCACCACCACUUCCCAAGGACAAGGCUGCGGCAAGAGCUGCUGCUUUAGCGGCUGCACGUGAUUUUGAGAGAUUUGCAAAGGUUGGUUCUGGACGAGGUCUUAGUGCUGUUGCAAUGGCUACAUCUGCACAACGAAGAAGUGCUGGUGAUGCAGAGCGUGUUAAGAGGUGGAGUAUCACUGAAGCUAUGGGAGUUGCCUGGAUGGAAUGUUUGCAGCCAGUUGAUACGAAAUCAGUGUAUGGGAAAGAUUUUAAUGCUCUGUCCUAUAAAUUUAUUGCUGUUCUUGUCGCCAGUUUUGCACUGGCGAGGAAUAUGCAACGGUCUGAGAUUGACAGGCGUGCUCAAGUGGAUGUAAUUACCAGGCAUCGAAUCCAUAAUGGAAUUCAUGCAUGGCGGAAACUCAUUCACCAGUUAAUGGAAAUGGGAAGUCUUUUUGGGCCUUUAGCAGAUCAGCUAAACAACCCACCUUGUGUUUUUUGGAAGCUAGCUUUUAUGGAAAGUUCUUCAAGGAUGAGACGAUGUCUGAGGAGGAAUUACGAAGGGACAGAUCAUUUAGGUGCUGCUGCUAAUUAUGAUGAUUAUUCUGUGGAGAGAAAGGACCAGAGUGCUCCAGUUUUGUCAGCAGAAGCAAUCUCAAUAGAAGAACUCGAAGAAGAUGACGAGCAUGCAGAAAUUACGGAUGGGAAUGGUGUGGUCGUUGAUAUUGAAUUGAAGGGAGAGAAUGAACCCAGAACUUCUGAAUCAGCUGAGCAAGCCCUGCAUGCAUCUAUUGAAUCUACUGGUGCUCAGCUUGCAAGUGAUGAAAAUUUUGUCCAGAAUUCAUCAGUGAUUGCCCCUGGGUUUGUUUUUAGUGAACUUGAUGAAAGAAUUGUUAUUGAGCUGCCGUCAUCAAUGGUCCGGCCACUUAAGGUUGUUCAGGGAACCUUCCAAGUAACCACAAGAAGGAUAAAUUUUAUAGUUGAUAACAGUGAGAUUAGCACCCCAAAGGAAGGGCUAGACCCCAGUUUUGAGGAAGGAGACCGAGAAAAGGACCGCAGCUGGUCAAUGUCAACUCUUCAUCAAAUUUAUAGCCGAAGAUAUCUCCUUAGAAGAAGUGCUUUGGAGCUCUUUAUGGUUGACCGAUCAAACUUCUUCUUUGACUUUGGGAGUAUUGAGGGGCGAAAAAAUGCAUAUCGAGCAAUUGUCCAAGCACGUCCUCCUCAUUUAAACAACAUGUAUUUGGCUACGCAGAGACCUGAACAACUUUUAAAAAGAACCCAACUUAUGGAACGCUGGGCAAGAUGGGAGAUCAGCAAUUUUGAAUAUUUAAUGCAGCUCAAUACAUUGGCUGGACGUAGUUAUAAUGAUAUCACUCAGUAUCCAGUCUUCCCCUGGGUCCUUUCUGAUUACAGCUCAAAGAGCUUGGAUCUUUCUAAUCCUUCGUGUUACCGAGAUCUGUCAAAGCCUGUUGGUGCACUGAACUCUGAUCGACUAAAAAAAUUUCAAGAGAGAUACUCUAACUUUGAUGAUCCAGUCAUCCCCAAAUUCCAUUAUGGAUCACACUAUUCGAGUGCAGGAACGGUCUUGUAUUAUCUUGUUCGAGUCGAACCAUUUACCACCCUUGCAAUACAACUGCAAGGAGGAAAAUUUGAUCAUGCUGAUAGAAUGUUUUCUGACAUUGGUGCUACCUGGAAUGGUGUUCUUGAGGACAUGAGCGAUGUGAAAGAAUUGGUUCCUGAGCUAUUUUACCUCCCUGAAGCUCUCACAAAUGGGAAUUUGAUUGAUUUUGGCACCACGCAAUUGGGAGAGAAGCUUGAUGCUGUUAAACUUCCUCCUUGGGCUGAGAGUCCAAUUGAUUUCAUCCAUAAGCAUCAGAUGGCGCUCGAGAGUGAAUAUGUAUCUGCUCAUUUGCAUGAGUGGAUUGACCUCAUUUUUGGGUACAAGCAACGAGGUAAAGAAGCUAUUGGAGCAAAUAAUGUUUUCUUUUACAUUACUUAUGAAGGAGCAGUGGAUAUUGAUAAAAUUUCUGACCCAGUGCAACAACGUGCUACACAGGAUCAGAUUGCAUAUUUUGGACAAACUCCGUCUCAACUUCUGACUGUUCCUCACUUGAAGAAGAUGCCAUUAUCAGAAGUUCUUCAUUUGCAGACAAUAUUCCGCAAUCCAAAAGAAGUCAAACCUUAUGCUGUUCCAGCCUCUGACCGCUGCAAUGUACCUGCAUCUGCUGUUCAUGCAUCUUCAGACAUGGUCGUGGUCGUUGAUAUGAAUGCACCAGCAGCUCGUGUCGCACAACACAAGUGGCAACCCAAUACACCUGACGGCCAGGGUACUCCGUUCCUCUUCCAACAUGGAAAAGCAACAGGCUCUGCUGGUGGGACACUUAUGCGCAUGUUCAAAGGCCCUGCAGGCUCUGAUGAAGACGGGCAUUUCCCCCAUGCACAAGCAUUUGCUGCCUCUGGAAUUAGAAGCACUGCCAUUGUCUCUGUUACUUGUGACAGAGAAAUUAUUACUGGUGGACAUGCUGAUAAUAGCAUCAGGCUGAUAUCCUCAGAUGGAGCUAAAACCUUAGAAACAGCCUAUGCGCACAGUGCUCCUGUAACAUGCCUUGGUCUUUCACCGGAUAGUAACUACCUGGUGACAGGAUCUCGGGAUACCACUGUGUUGCUCUGGAGAAUACACCGGGCACUCGUGUCAAGCUCAAGUAGUAUAUCUGAACCUUCGUCUGGCCCAGGCACUCAGCCUUCGACAAGCAGUAAUUCCUCAUCAAACUUGACAGAAAAGAAUCGGAGGUAUCGUAUUGAAGGUCCCAUACAUGUACUACGGGGGCACCAUAGUGAAGUCACCGGUUGCUGUGUCAGUUCAGAUCUAGGAAUUGUUGUGUCGUGUUCCCUUUCUUCAGAUGUUCUAUUGCACACUGUCAGAAGAGGACGUUUAAUUAGAAAACUAGUUGGCAUUAAGGCUCAUACCGUCCGCCUUUCCUCUGAUGGUGUUGUUGUGACUUGGAAUGAAUCAGAGCAUACUCUCAGUACCUUCACUCUAAAUGGUGUUCUAAUUGCUAAAAGACAAUUAUCUUUCUCUAGCAGGAUUAGUUGCAUUGAAAUUCCUGUUGAUGGGAAGAGUGCUUUAAUUGGAAUUAAUCCUCUAGAAAAUGGUGGUGUCUAUAAUAAUAGUUGGAACUUGGGCGAUGAUGAUGCUGAUUCAGAAUCAGAAAAAACUCAAGAAGGCAACAGAAUAAGUGUUACAUCACCAUCUAUUUGCUUCCUGGAUUUGCACACUCUGGAGGUAUUUCAUACAUUAACGCUGGGAGGAGGACAGGAUAUCACAGCUCUAGCUUUAAACAAGGAUAACACAAAUCUUUUGGUCUCAACUUUGGAUAAACAGUUGAUAAUCUUCACUGAUCCAUCUUUAAGCUUGAAAGUGGUAGAUCAAAUGCUGAAGCUCGGUUGGGAAGGUGAUGGGCUUACACCCCUUAUAAAGUCAUAGAUUUUAGGGCAUACAGAACUAAAUUACAGAUAUUCUAUAGACAACAAUUGUUAGGAAUCUUAGUUUUAAGGUUUUUGAGCUCGUGUUUGUGAGCAUUUUUGGUUGCAUCCCAUUGGUUCAGUGAUGUCUUGUAAUAUAUGUAUCAGACAAGUGUUAGCCCUGGUUAUAUAUAGGUCAAAUUUGUUGUAACUGUGGUUCUCUCUUUGCUCUCCCACUUGUACGCAGUAUUAGGGCAUUACAAGCUUCUGGACGAGGGCUGACCCAUUGAUUUGUUCUCAUUUUUUUAAUUAUAUUGAAUGAAAAUAUAAUGGCCUCUUGUUCGGGUAA